CCCCAACGGAAGAUUGAUUUCAUUGUUCGAUUCAACGUCAUGAGCCUUUGACAAUCUCUCAUCAUAAUAACCUGAAAUCAGUCAACAUCUCCUCAUAUUGCGGUCCUACAAUGUCCGGGAUUCUUGCUCAAGUUCCUGUGGUUAAUAAACUACUGGGACUUGAUGGUAACCGUCAAGCCAUCAACAUCCCCUCGGUUGAGAUUCAUCACAUUGAGACAGACCCGAGCAAACGGGCAAGAUGUCUGAAGCACCUCUUAAAAGCAAAUCAUGCUAACUACUCAAUCGUCUACAACAACCUUCAAUACGAUAAUCACAAUGCUCACAUCCUCAGCUCAGCAUACCUCUUGGGAGCAAGUGUUCCUCAACUAAAUGACAUCUACGACAGUGAAAUCCGCGAGCUGGAGGCAUGGGUACCGUCGCCCGCUGAGAUCGGAGACGAUGACUGGCAAGAGCUUCGGGGCGAUGCGAGGUACCAGCGGGCUUUUGUGGACUUCUUUGAAGACAAGCUCGUUAUGCGAUUCCAUUAUGACUGGCACCAAGAAAUGGAACAUUACCUGUUCACUGGCGAUGAGCCUCUCAUCAAUGGUCUGAUCGGCGGUCUCGGACACCCGUUGAUCCAUCUAGGCUAUGCCUUUGAGAUGGAUUGUAAGGAACUUGCCAUGGAAGCCCUUGGACUUGCCUGUGUUCAGCAUGACUUUCUCCAUAAGUACCUCGACAACAAGUCGUACACCAGAAAGGCGCCUUUCACCUCGGCCUCCCCAAUGGAUCUUCUCACCAAACUAUCGAAGGACGAUCGAUUUGAUGACGUCAGAUCCGACCGGUAUGACCUGGAAGAGCUCUUCAGCAAGUAUGAGGAUAUCAUCCUGGAGUACUGGAACGCAUGGGAAAUCACGGAUCCUGUGAAGCAGUUCGAACUGUCCCAAGAAGCUGCAGCUGCUUUGCUAGUUGCCACAGUCAAGCCAGGCACCCAUGCAUUCAACUUCAUGCUCGUGCAUAUACUAACAACCAGUCAUGCCGUCCGAGUUCUUCUUCCUUUCAUUCCCGAGAAAUAUCACAUUCCUCUUGUCCGGCAAUGGUGGCUUCUGGCCUUGGGCAUCUUUAUCGUGAAACGCCGGCCACUCCCAGAUCCGGAUAACGUGGACAGCGACACCAAACAACGAGGCUGGAAUUACGUUGAGGACAAGGCAGUGAACUCUGACUGGGCUACAGAUGCUCAUUACGUCAAAGGUAAGGCCAUUUCUCCAGUUGCUACAUCCCCGUCCACUAACCCUGUGAAAGCAAUCCGGGUGUUGAAGGAGGCUUCAAAGACAUGGGGCGACGUUCACGAUCGAUACCUUCUGGCAGCCCUGACUUUCGUCGACAACUUCAAGGGGUGGACAUACUGAGAUGGGAAGCGUGUAGUAUAAGGAUAUGAAUUGCCUGAAAUAGGAGUCUGGGAAAACGAUGCAACAGCGCACCCUGGAUACGGAUCAGUUAUAUACUUUCUUGUAAAAUCACCUUCAGAUUGAUAGCAUUGCGAAAUGACCACUACGGUGCAAUGCGAAAACGAGCUUAUGAAACUGUCCCA